AAGGAAGGGGUGAAGAGGAGGAGGAGAGAGAGGGGGAGGAUGAAGAGCACGGUGAGAGCGAGGAAGUGGCGAGAGUGAGCUGCGACCACGCGUUUCGAAUCGGAGAGCACGCCGGAAAGCAUGUCCGGCCAUGGCGCCGCCGUCACCGGCCGGCGGCGAGGAGAUGAAGACGAAGAGAAGUUGCUCAUUGGAAUGUGAUCUAGAUCCGUACCCGAUAAAGAGAGCAGUGUGGAGAGAAGUGGCAAAGCUCGAAGCUUUUGGGGGAGAACCAGCCAUGGCGAUUUGGGUCUCUUUGAUCUCUUUGUUAUCGGCGCUUCUCUCCAUACUGGUUUUCUCUGUUGGGGUUGCUGUGAUUUCGGGGAGGAGGAGCAGGAGGAGGGCGGUGGGGUUCUUUCAUCCAUUCACCAACGAUGGUGGUGGUGGGGAACGGGUGUUAUGGUGCGCUGUGCGAGCGGUGCAGGAGGAGCGUUCCGACCUUGAUUGCGCUGUGUACACUGGCGAUGAAGCGUCUCCAGAGAGUCUUGCCGCCCGGGCGCUUGAUCGCUUCGGCGUUCGGCUUCUUCGCCCGCUUAUUGUAGUGCGCCUGUCAAAAAGGAAAUGGGUUGAGGAGAAGACCUAUCCUCAUUUCACUAUGAUUGGGCAGAGUCUUGGUUCUAUGUAUCUCUCGUGGGAGGCCAUUCGCAAGUUCACACCUUACUUUUAUUUUGACACCAGUGGGUAUGCUUUUACAUACCCAAUCGCAAGGUUAUUUGGGUGCAAAGUUAUUUGCUACACACAUUACCCAACAAUAAGUACCGAUAUGCUUUCUCGUGUUCGCCACCGCAGUUCAAUGUACAAUAAUGAUCCUCUGAUAGCCACAAGUAUUUGGCUGUCGUGGGGCAAAAUUAUCUAUUACACAAUCUUUAGUUGGUUGUAUGGGAUGGUGGGAUCUUGUGCACAUCUUGCAAUGGUCAACUCCUCUUGGACAAGAGCUCAUAUUGAGGAACUGUGGAAAAUUCCUAAACGGACUAUGAGAGUUUACCCUCCUUGUGAUACUUCAGCUCUCCAGGUUCUUCCCUUGGAAAGGUCUGGCAAAACUCCUACAUUUAUUUCUGUUGCACAAUUUCGUCCUGAAAAGGCUCAUGCUGUUCAACUUGAGGCAUUCUCGCUUGCUGUUCAGAGACUAGACUCUAGCAUGCCUAGACCGAAGCUCCAGUUUGUUGGUAGUUGUAGAAACAAAGAGGACAAAGAGAGAUUGCAAAAAUUAAAGGAUAGAGCUUCUGAGUUGAAUAUGGAGGAGCUUGUGGAGUUCCAUAGGGAUGUCUCUUACAGGGAUCUGAUACGACUACUAGGAGGUGCUAUUGCGGGACUUCAUUCCAUGAUAGAUGAACACUUUGGCAUUAGUGUUGUCGAAUAUAUGGCAGCGGGUGCCAUUCCUAUUGCUCAUAAUUCAGCCGGUCCAAAGAUGGACAUUGUUGCAGACGAAGAUGGACAUCAGACUGGCUUUCUUGCAUCUGACACUGAAGGCUAUGCUGAAGCUAUCCUCAAGAUUUUGAAAAUGUCAGAGACGGAGAGGCUUACGAUUGCUGCAGCUGCAAGAAAGCGAGCUCAAAAGUUUUCCGAGAAGAAAUUCUGUGAAGAUUUUAAAGCCGCAAUUCGGCCAGUCAUCUCAAGUUUACAUUCUGUUAAUUAGAGUGAAAAAUGUUUGGAUUAUCUCACAAUUUUGAUCCUUUUCUUCCAAGGAAACGAUACAUUUGGAUUGAUGUUUAUAGAGGGGGAAAAACAUCCUACUGGGCAUGGGAGAGAACAUGGAAAACAUUAUUUUUGUGUGUUUGCACUUUAGGGAUGAAUUAUUACUUGUACUUUAGAUUAUUAGCUCUUAAUGUGUUUAGAUUCGUAUUUGAGUUCUAUUAUUUAAAAUUAUAUCCAAUGGAGCUUAUGUUUAUGGUUUA